AUGCUCAAAGUAGGCUCGUGGUUAUAUGGCAAGAAGGCUGGUGCCAAUGCCUCGACGCAAUCUUUGGACUCGUUGGUUGAAUUGCGGGACCUUGAGGAUGCUAUGCGGGCUGCAACCCUAAUCCUGAAUGAUGACGUUGACGGCGCCGAAGAUGGCCUUUCGGAAGGAAUUUCGUCUUUUCACAAUCUUGGACGAGGGGUUGUUGCAUUUAUCCGGGCGACACUGGGAUUUGAACAGGAGAUUAUGCGCCAAGCAUCGGAACGACUCAAUACGGCCGAGACCAGUGCAGCCAAUGAUCAACAUAAGGCUCAGCACAACUCCCAUGCUCCUAACACUUACCACUCACCGAUUUAUUCGCCGGGCACCGAGUUCGCUCUUUGUCAGGCGAUGGCUCAGCUCAUGAGUGCUGUUGUGGGUGUGCUUAAUGAGAGCCUUACAGAAAGUAUCAAAGGGUUCUAUAAAAUGAGAAAGGCAUACAUCACGCUAGACGGCAUCCUCAAGAUGGAGCAGGCAUAUAUGCAGUCAAUUUCCGGUAGUGUGUCUCCUGCAGACCAAGGCGAAGCAUCCAAACCCGACCCGACAGCCACCGUGGAGGCUAAAGGGCUAUCCCAAAGGUUGUCUGAUCUAAGUAUCUCUCAGGAUAGCAGCAAAUCUAGGCAGUCGAUUGAGUCAUCGACGCCUAAUCCCGCGGAUAUGCUUAGCCACGAUCCCGAUUCUGAUAUCUUCAAAAACCAGAUUGAUGUCUUCGUGCACUCUGGUUCUAACUUUUGUUUUGGUAUUCUUCUUCUUGUUAUCUCCAUGGUUCCUCCGGCCUUCAGCAAACUGCUCAGCAUCAUUGGAUUCUACGGAGAUAAAGAGCGGGGACUGAGGAUGCUAUGGCAAGCUAGUAAGUUCAACAAUUUGAUCGGGGCACUUGCUGCUUUUGCGAUCCUCGGUUAUUAUAAUGGUUUCGUCCGAUACUGCGAUAUUAUGCCAGACCCAGUUCCGGGAGAGCAGGGCGACGUGCAGGGCUAUCCUCAGCAGAGGCUCGAGGCCCUAUUAGCGCAGAUGAGGCAGCGAUUCCCCAAGAGUCAGCUCUGGCUGCUCGAAGAGUCCAGGAUGGAAGGGGCGAACAAGAAUUUGGAAAGAUCUCUGGAGCUUCUAUGCGGUAAAGAACGCAGUCCGCUCAAGCAGGUCGAGGCUUUGCGGGUGUUUGAGCGGAGCUUGAAUGCGAUGUACCUUCACAAGUAUGAAUUGUGUGCAGAAGCAUUUCUCGAGUGUGUGGAGUUGAACUCCUGAGCACGCAAAAAAGCUACAGAGUACUUCCGCACUGCGCCAACGUUUGCCGGAAAGAAACGCUUCAUGGCACGACAAUUACCUUUCGACGUAUUCGUUGCACGAAAAAUUGCCAAGUGGGAAGCGCGAGCGAAGGAGUGGAGUGUGCCCCUUGUGGAGGCAGUCGGCGUUGAUCCCAUCGAAGAGAUGAUCUUCUUUUGGAACGGACAUAGCCGGAUGACACAAGCACAGCUAGAGGAAUCAAUGCAGAAGCUCGCCUGGUCCGAAAGCGACGAAAACAAGAUGUGGUCCCGAGAAGGCCCCGAAGAGAAGGCAAUUCUACAGCUAUUGCGUGCCGCCAACUUGCGUGCGAUGCGUAAACAUGACGAGUCCCGACAAUUGCUUAAAGAGUCUGUCCUCAACCAUGACAAGUCUCUGUUCACCGGUCAUCUUAAGGACAACUGGAUUCAUCCAGUGGCCCAUUUCGAGAUGGCGGCUAAUCUCUGGAUGGAACGUGCCGGUUAUAUAGCCGCUCACGAUGCUCCGGCUACCGAGUCCAAGGCUGCUAACAACGAGGAAGUUACACCACUCGAAAGACAGCAGGUGCGGGAGUGCAAGGAAUACCUUGAAAAGGCUGCGAGGUGGGAAAGCUACGAGCUGGACGCUCGUAUUGGUCUCAAGGUGACCGCUGCCAUGGAGGCACCUGCGUUAUCUACGUCAUUUGUGAAUGAAGCCAUGACAAGAGACGAAGAACGCUCUUCAUUGCAUAGCUCUCUCGACGAUGAUAGCAAUUCACUAGAGCAGCGGCGCACCAACUACGAUGAACGGCCCAACACAGCGCUGGAGAAGCAGAGCACGGCGGCCUCUGCCCUGUCAGUCUUUGAACAACGCGCGCAGUCGGUAGUUUCAAGAAUUCGCAGUCGAGAACCUGGUCAGACUGCACGCUUCACGCACCCUCUGACACAUACCAAAACAUCGACUGAUGUGAUUGUGGACUUUGAUGGGCCUGAUGACCCAUAUCUCCCGCUUAACUGGAGUUUUAGGAAAAAGGCUAUCACCACUGUAUUAUAUGGGCUGACAACAAUGGGUGCGACUUGGGCCAGUUCGAUCUACUCCACAGGCACGAGACAAGUCGAUGCGGAAUUCGGUGUUGGCGAGGAAGUUGGUACUCUUGGUACAGCAUUGCUGCUGUUCGGAUUUGGGCUCGGUCCGCUUGUAUGGGCACCGUUGUCUGAAGUCUAUGGGCGUAAACCCGCCGUUUUAGCCCCAUACUUCAUUGCCGCUGUAUUCUCCUUUGGUACCGCUACCGCCAAAGAUCUGCAAACUGUUAUGAUCACUCGGUUUUUCACCGGAUUCUUUGGUUCGGCACCUGUCACUAACACUGGCGGUGUUCUGAGUGAUAUCUGGACCGCGGAACAGCGAGGAGCAGCCAUUGUUGGUUAUGCUAUGGCCGUAGUUGGAGGACCGGUGCUGGGACCCAUCGUUGGUGGUGCAAUCGUUCAAAGCUAUCUUGGUUGGAGAUGGACUGAAUAUCUCACCGGUAUAAUGAUGAUGUUCUUCCUCCUGAUGGACGUUCUGUUCCUAGAUGAAAGCUACCCUCCGGUACUAUUAGUCUACAAGGCCCAGAGACUUCGAUUUGAAAGCGGUAACUGGGCUCUCCACGCGCGCCACGAGGAAUGGGAUGUCACAUUCAAAGAACUCGGCAACAAAUACCUCAUCCGCCCCUUCCAGCUCCUGACAACCCCAAUUUGUUUCUUGGUUGCCCUUUACGCCUCAUUCGUUUACGGUAUCAUCUACCUCAGUUUGGCCGCUUUCCCCGUUGAAUUCCAAGAAGUCCGAGGCUGGAAUCAAGUUGUCGGCGCAUUGCCAUUCCUGGGAUACCUAGUCGGAAUCCUCUUCGGCGCGGCCGUCAACCUCCUCAACCAAAAGUUUUACGUCAAGCGCUUCAAAGCAAACAACAAUUUCCCCGUUCCGGAAGCCCGCCUUCCCCCAAUGAUGCUAGGAUCCGUUUUCUUCGCCGCAGGCAUGUUCGUGUUCGGCUGGACCGGUCAACCAGACAUUCACUGGAUCGGCCCCAUAAUAGGUGCCGUGAUGAUGGGCUUCGGCUUCUUCACCAUCUUCCAAGCCGCCCUCAACUAUCUGAUCGACACCUUCCAGAAAGUCUCCGCGAGCGCUGUGGCAGCUAAUACUUUCCUCCGGAGUGUCUUUGCCGGCUGUUUCCCGCUCUUCGCCAGUAUCAUGUUUCGCAAGCUGGGUGUACCCUGGGCUGCUAGUGUGCUGGGCUUUGUUUCAGUUGCCCUUAUACCCAUUCCGUACUUGUUUUACAUCUUUGGAAAGCGCAUCAGAGCUGCUGGGGAGUGGUCUCGUGAUUCUGUAUAUGGACACUGA